UUAAAAAUCACCAUAACCAAACAAGUCUAGAGAAGUUUGGAAGAAGAAGAAGAAGAAGAAAGAUUCAUCCAUUCCUUUGCUUUGCUUUCCUAGGAAUCUUAGAUGACUGAAAACUGACAAGUUAGAAGGAGAUGAGUAUGAAGGUGUUCAGAGGAGGAUCUUCUUAUUCUUACUCAUCUCUCUUAAAAACUCUGGUGGCCAUCUCCAUAUGGCUCGGAAGCAUUCACUUCAACGCCCUUCUGCUCCUCCUCUCUCUUUUCUUCCUUCCUCUUUCCUACUCUCUCCUGGUAUUGGGAUUGCUGGUGGUGCUUAUGCUGAUUCCAAUCGACGAACAGAGCAAAGUCGGCCAGAGGAUUUCGAGGUUCAUAUGCAGAAACGCCUGCAGCUACUUCCCUCUCACCCUUCACGUCGAGGACAUCGAUGCCUUCCUUCCCGACAGGGCCUACGUGUUCGGCUACGAGCCCCACUCGGUGCUGCCGAUCGGCGUGGUGGCGCUCGCCGACCUCACCGGCUUCAUGCCUCUCCCCAAGAUCAAGGUGUUGGCCAGCACCGCCGUAUUCUACGCGCCGUUCCUGAGGCACAUCUGGACUUGGCUGGGCCUCACGCCCGCCACGAAGGCCAACUUCGUGUCCCUCCUGCGCAGCGGUUAUAGCUGCAUUGUGGUGCCUGGCGGCGUCCAAGAGACCUUUCUCAUGGAACACGGCUCCGAGGUUGCCUUCCUCAACUCCAGAAGGGGAUUCGUCCGCGUUGCCAUGGAGUUGGGCCUGCCCCUCGUUCCCGUUUUCUGUUUCGGCCAGUCGAAUGUUUACAAUUGGUGGAAGCCGAGGGGGAAGUUGUUUCUCAAGUUCUCAAGGGCUAUCAAGUUCACCCCUAUUUUCUUCUGGGGAAUAUUUGGAUCUCCUUUCCCCUACAGACGCCCAAUGCAUGUGGUGGUCGGAAAACCAAUUCCACUCACCAAGAAUCCGCAACCCACCACCGAAGAGGUCUCUCAAGUGCAUGCUCAGUUUGUUGAACAACUUCAGCAGCUCUUCGAAAAACACAAAACCCGACUUGGCUAUGCCGAUCUUCAGUUGAAAGUCCUCUGAGUAGAUCGAUGUACGAUCAACUAAAUUUAUUUUCUUUGUUAUAGUUAAGAGGAAUAAAACACUAAUACUAACAAAAGCUUCCAGAAAGAUUCUUGGCAGAUAUCCAUGUUCUCUAGGUUCAGAGGAAUAAUAGACUUGCUAAUAAAAGCUUCCAGCUAAAUUUUCGGUAGAUAUUUUUGUUUAGCAGUGUAAACAAAAUCAUGAAUG